AAAUACACCAUGAGAGAACUGUAAUAAAGCUACAUGUAGCGUAGAUAAUGUGAGUGGUAAAUAAGACUGGUCCUCCACUUAAAGAAGCAGCAGCAGCAGCAGUGUUGAAGUAAAGUUUCUUAAGUCAACGAUUCCUACAGAAAACACUCCUAGAUCUGGUUAACUCCAACACUUAUAAAGAUGUCUGCUGCAUAAUAAGCAAGAGACCUACAUAGUGUUUGGAUUCAACAUAAAGAAAGUGCCUUGAUACAUAGCAUGGCAUGGUGGCAAUAUUUUACCAAGAUGAAGAUCAACAUGAAAAUCCUGCCUAUUAAGGCACAUUACUUCUUGAUUUUUGCAGAUAUGUGUUUUCCAAACAUAUCAGUCGUCAAAUAGAUUACAGUAUAAUGAAGGUACAGCUCCUGUCCUUCCCUUCUUGCCAGUGUAUGGGCGACAGCAGGGCAUCUCCCCAGCUGGCAUUGGGCUAAUAUACACUAUCCUGCCUUUUGUUGGACUUAUUGUCAAGACAGCAUCUGGGGCACUUUCUGAUUGGCUACGAAUUCAUCGUGGCAUGUUUCUGUCUUCAAUUGUUGUGUGUUUGAUUGGUUUUUUCAGUAUCUACUUUGUCCCUGCUGUACCUCAGAACUCAAACCAGGAGUUGGCUCAUGUCAAACUUGACUGCACGCAAUCUGCCACCUUCUUCAAGUACUGCUUUUCUAAAGAUAAAUGUGGCCAGAAUGAUUUUCUUGAUAGAAUCUCAGGCAAUUAUACAUCGACCUGUGAGGUAAGAUGCCAUUCGGAUGAAGAAGAUAUAAAAAAUAUUUGCAAUGCCUGGAAUUUAUCUUCAGUAUGUCAAGAAGGAGAACUCAACUUUACAGCAUCCUCCACCUUGUCUGACUAUAGCCUAGAACAUCUCUGCACUUUCUUCCCUAUCUUAGAAAUUGCAGUGACCGGAGAAGAGGUGAGUGAUCCCACCUGUCCUGCCCAAACUACCAUCAACUGUACAUUGUUAUGUAAAGACAACAGCCUCAUGAGUUACCUGGGGGCUCCCCUCACUGUCCCUCCCACCAGCAUUGAUGAACUGCUCUCUCAUCACCAGUUUUGGCUCUACGUGCUUUGUUUCAUUAUUGCUUGGUGUGGCCUGGCUGUCACUGUUGUCAUGUCCGACACUGUGUGCUUCCAACUCUUAGGAAGUGAGGGAAACAGAUACGGGGAGCAGCGUCUGUUUGGCUCCUUGGGCUGGGGAGCAUUGGUCAUUGUUGCUGGUGCUUUAAUUGACUAUUCAUCUCUGGGCUUACCUGAGAAGGACUACACCCCAGCAUUUGUUCUGAGCUUUGCCAUCCUCUUCGUCGAUGUUUUAGCAGCCACUCGCCUGGAGAUAGAGGGUAGUGAGAGGAGAACAGGAACUGCAGGAUCUGUGGCUCGUCUCAUCUGUGAACCUCGCAUUGUUCUCUUCAUUCUUUGUUGUGUUGUUGUUGGCAUAUCAACUGGCAUUCUUUGGACAUUCCAGCUCAUGUUGGUUGAGGAUAUAGCAUUUGGUUGGGACUGCCACUUUGGGGCUCUGAAGUUACUACAGGGACUUAUAAUGGGUGUCCAGUGCUUUGGAGGAGAGUUGCCCUUUUUCUUCCUGUCUGGCUGGUUUAUCAAGAAGUUGGGGCACGUCCAUGCCAUGUCCCUCGUCAUUGGAGUUUUUGGCAUCCGUUACAUUCUUUACUACACAGUCACAAACCCCUGGGUGUUUCUGCCAAUAGAACUUCUCAAUGGAUUUACGUUUGGAAUAUUUUAUGCCACCAUGACAUCAUAUGCCAGUCAUGUUGCACCGAGUGGGACAGAAGCAACAAUGCAGGGUAUUGUAGGUGCAGCAUUUGAAGGCAUUGGUGUUGCUACUGGUGGGUUUAUAGGAGGUUCAUUGUUCUUCACAGUGGGUGGACCAAAAACCUUUCUUUACACAGGAAUAUUCAACGUAGCCUUCACUGUUAUUCAUGUGAUUCUUCAACUUCUGCUUAGCAACUUUAGGCCACAGUCCACCCCAGUAGUAAUUCAUACGGAAGAAGGGGUCACCAGCCCAUUGCUCCCGGCAACCCAACCACCUCCUACGACACGCAUGGCUCAUGGAGUUUCAAAAAAUUCUUUUCCACCUCCCCAUGGAAAUGAAAGGAAAUAAAAAAGAACAAGAACUAUUUAGAAAAAAUAGGAGAAAAUUCAGAUUGGUGGGAACUCCUCUCCUAUGGGUUACAUGCCUCCCAGUGACAGUAUGAAGCCAGUUGCAGCUGAUGAUGCAGAUGCAAAUGGGGAAGAUGAAGAUUUUUGAAUAGAAGUUAUUCCCUGGUAUUUUGCAUAAAUUAAAGCUUAUCUCAGUUGUGCUUGAUGGUAAGAUAUACAAGUGCCUAAAGUGAAGCAGUUUUGCUUGAUCUUCCACACUGAGCCUAACUACAAUUCUCCUGUAAAAUAAGAUACCUCUUCAUAAAAGGCUGAGUAAUAUAUUCACACCAAGAAAUCUUUUUACUUAUUUAUUUUUAUAUGUAUUUAUUAUUUUAUAAACAAGUUCCUUAUUCUUUUAUUUUAAAUAAACUGUUGACGUACAAAAAAAAGAUUAUUUUUAUGCUCAUUUUGUUGAUGUAUAAAAUAGCUUUAUACUUCUCUUUGUGUCCUCAGUAUUGGGUGGUUGUUGUGGCCCUGUGUCUAAGUACAAUAUUCUAAUAUAGUGAAUUUACCAAUAUCUGAAACAUCUGAAAUAGUCAGGACCUAAGCCACAUUGUAAAUUUGGGAUUUUUGUAAAGUUGGAGUCAUAGCCAGAGAACGUGAAAAAGAAAAUUCCACAUUUCACUAAUUUCAAUCAGAAUCAUACGCUCACCACAUACAUACAGCAGCCAAUAAAUCGUUUAUAAAAAAAAAAUGCUUUGGGCACAAAUACGUAUAGAGUAGUGUGCAUGCGCACAUAUGUGUGCACACACAUGCACACACAUGCAUACACACUUGCACACACGCAUGUGUACGCAUAUGUGCACACACACAGAUGCACGUGUACACACACAGUAAUAUUAGGGUGUCCAAUCCAUAUUAGCUAGCAUCUUGGCCAAAGUGUGCAAGAAUUUAUCAAGUAUAACCACAAUAAUUGUUUCAGAGGUUCCUAUUAUUUGAGUCAUGAUAAUUGUAGAAUUUCUUUUUAAGCCAUGUUGCACCACUUACCAUGCUCUUCGAGUUAUAUUCAUUGUCGAACUUACUGAUACAGUUACGUGCACCAUAGCUUCCUGCACUUCAAAUCACUUCAGGAGCUUAGUAAUAUAUCAAAAGUAGUUUUUUAGUAUUCUCAGAAGUGCCUUUACAGUAAUAACACUAUGUAUCAUUUCACUGCAUUUUACAAAAUUUAUAGGUUAAUUUAGCAUUUUAGCUCAAAAGGAGGUAAGCUUCUGUUGGGUACCCAACUGCUCUUUUAAUACUAGAUAGUAAGCCUGUUGAUAACAGCAGUGCCUGUUCUAUACAGUGUUUUAAUUCACUUUAACCCAUGAGAGCUGGUGGUGAAUACUGCAUUAUCUAAGAGAUUACACAGUGUAGGUAAUGGAAUUAUCAUUGACACUUGUCAGACAAAAGACUAAUAUUAAGGCAUCAUCUCUAGAAACAUGAGCACGGGCAGUUUCCUUCACUUGUUUCUUGAUAACAUAUAAGGAAAAAAUUAUCAUAGUGCAUAAAUACAAAUAAUCUUUUUUAAGAAGGUGGUUGAGUGUGUAUGUGUGUUAUGUUUAUUUUUCAACAGAUCUAUCUACCAGGCUAAUUUUAAAUGUUUAGAAGGUAUUUUUUGUCUAAUUGUAAUUGUGAGUUGAACCACUGUUACUGUUUUAGAAUUGGAAAUAUCACCUCAAGUAAUUAGUGAUUUGUAAUGAAGGCAAAUUGCUGUUAUAAGAAGGGGAUAAAAGAGAGUGCAAAAAUUAUAGGGGGAGAAGUCUGUUGAGUGUACCUGGUAAAGUGUAUGGUAGAGUUAUAAUUGAAAGAAUUAAGAGUAAGACGGAGAAUAGGAUAGCAGAUGAACAAGGAGGCUUUAGGAAAGGUAGGGGGUGUGUGGACCAGGUGUUUACAGUGAAACAUAUAAGUGAACAGUAUUUAGAUAAGGCUAAAGAGGUCUUUGUGGCAUUUAUGGAUUUGGAAAAGGCGUAUGACAGGGUGGAUAGGGGGGCAAUGUGGCAGAUGUUGCAAGUGUAUGGUGUAGGAGGUAGGUUACUGAAAG